AUGGACCAGGAAGCUGCCCAGCUGGAGAAGCAGCAUGUGCAUGCUGUGUAUGAAAGCACUGCUCCAUACUUCAGUGACCUGCAGAGCAAGGCUUGGCCUCGUGUCCGCCAGUUCCUCCAAGAGCAGAUGCCUGGCAGCCUCAUUGCUGACAUAGGUUGUGGAAGAAAGUAUCUUAAAGUGAACAGCCAGGUCCACAGUCUGGGCUGUGACUACUGUGGUCCAUUGGUAGAGAUUGCCCGGAAUAGAGGAUGUGAAGUCAUGGUAUGUGACAACUUAAAUCUCCCCAUUUAGGGAUCAGGGCUCGAUGCCAUCAUCUCCAUAGGAGUUAUACAUCAUUUCUCUACAAAACAAAGGAGAAUCAGAGCAAUCAAAGAAAUGGCUCGAGUCUUAGUUCCUGGAGGUCAGUUAAUGAUCUAUGUUUGGGCCAUGGAACAAAAGAACCGGCACUUUGAGAAGCAGGAUGUUUUAGUCCCCUGGAACAGGGCCUUGUGUUCCCAGCUCCUCUCAGAGCCCAGCCAUUCCAUGGAAGAGCAACGGCCCCCACACACACAGAGACACCAGCCCUGCCCUCGACCCUGCAGUCACAGAAGCUGUGCUGUCGGCUCUAAAGAGCGAUGGGAUGCAAAACGGUCCCACAGUAUGGACAGCGAGCCUGUUGGAGCUGCAAACUGUUGUGCCAUAGUUUCAAAGAAAGGCGUGCAAGAGAAUGGAUUCUAUAACACACUGGGGAAAUCUUUUCGCUCCUGGUUUUCCUCCCGAUCUUUAGAUGAGUCAACGCUGAGGAAGCAAAUUGAAAGAGUGAGACCCUGGAAAACCACAGAAGGUUGGGCCAGUAACACCAUCUCAAUCCAGCCAUCUCGACAAGCGAGUCUAGACUCGGACCACUCAGAGCUGUUAGCCAUUAGGGGAACAACAGAUGAGGAUGUGUUUGUGGAAACGUCUUCAAAACAGUUGGAGUGGUUGAGAGCACCAGCCACCAAGAAGCAGCUUAAUGGAGACCAUCAAGAUGUCAAGAGAAAUGGAGAUGGGAAUAUUUUGCAAAGCAGCGACUCAUGUGGGGCAUGCAUAAAGGCUGAAGGAAACCAUGUGACUAGUAAAAUACGAAGAAGGAUUUCCACUUCUGAUUCUAUAGACUCCAACCCAGAUGAUUCCAUUUCCAUCAAAGAGCAACAGCCUGAUAUUCUGGAGGCCACAGCCUUCAUGCGCUACUACCACGUAUUCCGGGAGGGUGAGCUCUGUGACCUGCUGAAGGAGCAUGUGUCAGAGCUCCGUAUACUGAGCUCAGGAAAUGAUCAUGGCAACUGGUGCAUUGUGGCCGAGAAAAGAGGAAAACAAAACUGCGAUUAACCAGGCCAUUUU